GACAUUUUAUGCGAUUGUGUCUUGCGUCUCCGGUUUUCUGCAGUGAGAUAGAUCUAGAUAAAAGACAGACGACGCUGGGAUCCAACACUUUAGAUAGACAAGAACGAGAUGGAACUCAACUUCGCUAUGCCUUCGGUACCUCUCUCUGGCCGGUCUGAGCAGAUUGAGUACCACUCCACAAAAUAUCAGUUUAUUUGACCCUUGGCAGCCUAUCGUUCAU